AUGCAGCGGGGAAGAUUCAACUUGUUCCGUGUGUGCUCUUGUCGCUCCCGUCCCGUACUCCAUGCAAUAACGCAGAUUAAAGACGCGGGCGGGGUAGAGUCGCUGUCGACCGGGCAGGGUAAUGCAGCAGGGAAGAUACAAGUGUCUGAGAGGGUGGUGGCCUUAGAGCGACUCAACCCCACCACUCGCCCCACCAGUUCGCCUCUACUGGAGGGCUAUUGGGACUUUGUGUGGGCGGGAGCGCAGAGCCCUGGACUCAUCGCCGCCCGCCUCGUGCUACAGCGCCUACCCCCUCAGGUGGCCUCGCUGCAAGCCCUGCAGCUGCACAUCAUGCCUGGCAGCACCAUCACUGCCACUGCUGUUGUUCGAUUCCUCAAUGCUGCCGAGUCCAACGUAAUCAUCAAGUCGAAGCUUGAAAUGGAAGACUCACUGAAGCUCAAGGAGGAGUAUGCGGAGAUCGAGGUGACCACUCCCAUCGUGACAGGUGGCAGCAUCCCAGCGCCCCUCACAGCCGUCGUGGAUCAGCUCUCCUCUCUCCUCAAGUCGCUACCCGCUGCGCUGCAAGACACCAUAAAUGCCGGCUUGCGUGUGCCCCUGGGGGACGGCGUGGGGAUGGGGGAGGUGUGGGGAAGGGGACAGCGUGGGGAUGGGGGAGGUGUGGGGAAGGGGGGAGGUGUGGGAGGGGGGGAAGGUGGGGUUGGGGGUCGGGGAUUGAUUGCAAGAGCUCCUUGUGUCGUACCUUGA